AUUACGGAAGUACGGCUCCCAAACAGAUUCCCGUUGGAAGAGUAAAAUACAGUAGAUCGCCUUCCUUUCACUAGAUCAUAUUAAAUCUUGGACUACCCAUUUCUCAAUAAGACGAUGGGCACUAGAGAUGACGAAUAUGAUUAUUUGUUCAAAGUGGUCCUCAUUGGUGACUCGGGUGUGGGAAAGAGUAACCUGCUGUCCCGUUUUACCCGAAAUGAGUUCAACCUGGAGAGUAAGAGCACCAUCGGCGUAGAGUUUGCCACACGUAGCAUCCAAGUGGAUGGAAAGACGGUGAAGGCCCAGAUCUGGGAUACAGCCGGCCAGGAGCGCUACCGUGCCAUCACAUCAGCGUACUACCGUGGGGCUGUGGGGGCUCUACUGGUCUAUGACAUUGCCAAGCAUCUAACUUAUGAGAAUGUGGAGCGCUGGCUGAAGGAGCUGAGAGAUCACGCUGACAGCAACAUCGUCAUCAUGCUGGUGGGCAACAAGAGCGACCUGCGUCACCUCCGGGCUGUUCCCACCGAUGAGGCGCGGGCUUUUGCUGAGAAGAACGGUCUGUCUUUCCUGGAGACGUCGGCUCUGGACUCCACCAACGUCGAGACGGCCUUCCAGACCAUUCUGACAGAGAUCUACCGUAUCGUCUCCCAGAAGCAGAUGUCGGAGCGUCAGGAGAGCGACAUGUCGCCCAGCAACAACGUGGUCAACAUCCAGGUGCAGCCCACCGAGAACAAACCAAAGAUGCAGUGCUGUCAGAACAUCUAACCCGGCCUCGGAUCUGCUGCUACCCCUCCUCCCCCCUUUGUCCCUCUCUCUCUCUCUCCACAAUCCUCGCCUCCCUGCCCCCCGCCAGCUCACAACUUCUCAAACCCCGCCCUCAGAAAAUAGACUGCCUCAGUGUACUGUGUGCGUGCGGGGGCGCCGAGCCACAGCUUCAAGGCUGUGACCCCAACCCCGCACCUCUCUGUACCUGCCCCCACCCAGACCCUCCUCCCCCUGCCCCAGGUAAAUAUUCCCCAGUAUAAGAAGUCACCGCGUGGGGGUGGCCCCCCAAGCAGAGCCCCUCUGUCGUUAGGCUACUGCAGGACAGCAGGCAGCAGGCGUUUCAUAUCACUUUAGAUUUCAUUACUGUAGAUGCGCUGACAUGUCACAAAAAUGUCUUAAUAUAUGAAUGUGAUUUCUUUUCUUCUCUUCAGACUUUGUGCUCUUGUUGAUUUCUCCACAUUUUUUAUGAUCUCUCUGUCUUGUAUCAUAUAUCUACUACUGGGUAUAUAUGAAUUUAAAGCACAUCGAAGUUGCUCUGAAGUGUAUUCCUAUAUACAAGCUCGUCCUCUGUCAUUUUCGGCUCCCCCCUCCUCUCUAGUGCAAUGUACUGUUGUGGAAACCACGUGGACGUCCGGAGCGCCGCGUGGCCCCGGUGCUCCGCGUGGCCCCGGUGCUCCGGCAGGGUCACGCCGUUCGAUCUGAUUGCUGUGAAUAUGACGCUAGUGAAACGUAGAAACUUUCGCAUUCGCCGAGCUUCAGUGCGCAGCGGGGAGGUCGGGCGUGAGCUUGCACGCAGCGCGCAGCCUCGUGAGCGUUGUCGUCGCCGUGGUGACAGCAGGUGGCGGGUUCGGGUGAGCUUCGGCGGUCUGUCGUGCCGCGUGGUUCAUCGGCCUUCAUGUCGUCCCGCUCUCAGCGGCAGGGCGGCGCCUGCAGACGAGCUCGUCCGCCGGGCGCCAGUAUGCAUCAUUUUUGACAUGUUUGACGACAACUAUGCAGAAACUAGCACAUUGCUGUUUGGGUUUUUUUUCUAUAGCAAAUGAAGGAAAGAGAAAACAGCAGCAGUCUGAGGAUCUGGUUGUAUUCCUGUACGACAUUCUUAUGAUACUCACUAAUAUUAUAAUCAAACCUCCUGUCGUGUAGAAAAGUACGCUUUGCAUGUAACUCUAGUUAGGACGCACUGAGAAAGUAAGUAAAAGGAAAAUGUCUUCACGCGCUCGGCUGGAUUUCAUGAGUGUGCCAGACUCUUGCACUGAACCUUAAUAGUUGAUCUAGCAAACCUGAUUUUGUGUUUAGGAUUAGAUUUUCACUGCACAUCGAGAAUCUGGACCUCGUUUCCUCUUCAGAUCGGACAUACAGCCGCUUUUCAAAAACCAAAAUCUUUCACACACAGGCCGAGUCUCACAAGUCUUUCCUUAAAUCCUCUAACUGACAGAAAGCUUCUCCUCUGCUGAGCUUGAAAAUCCAGACUCAAGGAACCAGGAAAGACUGGAGGGGAUUCAGCCGCAGUCCGCUCACUUCAGGUCACAGUGCCUCCUUCACCUGUCCGAAGACGCCUCUCGUCCACCUGCCAACAGCUCGCCAUCACACCCGCCGCCCCUUAACCAGUAACCUUGCUUCGUCUGUCCGUCGAGGAGACAGACGGCCGUGUUGUCCCCGUCACAUUAAGCCUACGUACACCGAGCUGCCUCUGAUUCAACACAAUGCAUGGCUUUCUGUACGACUGCACCACCGCGUCGUAUCGCCUUAUGUAGCUAACAUUGUCAUUACUGUCCGUGAGAUGUGCUGAGGGUUCCGCUUGGCUAGCUAGGAGGACAUGCUUAACAAGCUGAUCGUUGUGCCCAGUCCGCGCCCAGUCUGCCCAGUCCGCGCCCAGUCCGCGCAGUGACAGACGCCUCGCUAACAACCUACUCGCUAAAACUCCCGAGUGUGUGUCCUGUUCAGUCUCCAGGCUCUGGCCGUGUCGGUGUGUGAUGGUGUUAGCAGACAUAUACGAUGCCUGAGCUUGGUGUGUGUGUGUGAGUGAGUGAGUGUGUUUAGAGGCAGGGGGUCGACGUGCAGCUCUGGAGGGACCGAGCCUGGCUGGCAGCGCCAAUGGCGUUUUUGUUCGAACAGACGGCGCCGCCAGCCGAGCCGCUCCAGACUCGCUCGCUGGCAAUCCGUUGAAGAAGUGAUUCCUUUUUUCUGAGAAUAUGAUUUCCGAUCCUGGUUCAUGUACCUCCAUUGUUCUGUGUUUUUUUUUAAGAAGUGUGUUUUGGUUUCUUUUUCUUUCUUUUUUUUUUUUUUUUUUACUAUAUUGAAUCUAUAACUGACUGUAAUUCCAGUGUAAACGUGUCGGAGUGAAAUGAUUCAUUUCAGUGAAUUUGGAGGGUUAAAUGUAAGAGGGGGGUCAAAAUGAAUGCUUUUAUGUUUUGUACAGAUUGAUAAAUUGUACAAUUGUGUCUAUAUCUUAAGUUAUCAGUUCAUCUUAAUAAAGCGCACCAGUCAUAAACCUUUA